AUGUUGCUUAGAAGUCAGCCAGUGGCGGCUUCCAAAGCAAUCACUGACUUUGCAAGUCUAAGAGUAUCAUAUUUUUCGAGAGACAUAGCUAGGGGUAGUUCCUUUCAGACACAUCGUCUCUAUAGGACUGAAUCUAGUAGUAAAACAUCCAACUCGAAACCAAUAGUGAAUGGCAUUCCAAGUAAAUAUGCCGAUUUCUCCAAAAAUUUAGAUGAAAUGUCCAAAUAUAAAUUCAUACCGAAUAAAACAGACUUCAUAAAGAAUCUUGAUCAAGUGUAUUAUGAAUAUCAAGGUAUAAUGAAUCAAUCCCAAGAGCUAGAUGCACUUAAACUUCGAGAUACCAAUUUGUUUUUGGGUAUGUUUUUGAAAUUAGGGAGAUUAAAAAGAGCCCACGAUGUUUUAACUGAUCUUAUUCAAUUGGAUGAGUCCUUAGUAUUUGGGGAAGCCAGAGAUAUUGACACUGUUAGGAAUUACUUAAAAGUUCGUUGUGGAUCAUAUUCUAAUUUAUGGUACGGUGAUAGAUCCUAUGAAAUAACUGAUGAUACAUAUAUCUUCAAUUUGAUUGAUUAUAGUUUACAAAACAAGUUUUCUUAUUGGGAUACCGAAAUUUGUUAUACUCUAGGUAGAAUGAAUAGAAUUGAAUUAUUGAAUAAGUUCACUACAAAAAAAUGGGGUAUUUCUAUCCAAGGCCCUGACUUCGUUAGUGGGGAGGUCCAUAAAGCUCCAAAUUCUGAAGUUGUCACUGCUUUAAUGAAAGUUAUUUGUUAUAUUUAUUCAGAUGGUAUGCAUGAAGCUAACAAAUUCUUGAAUGGAAUUCUUGAAAAACAUCCAAAUAUUAAUCUUGAUAUAAAUUUCUGGAGACAGCUAAUGUUAGAAGGUUGUAGUCCUAAGAGAGGUAACAAAGACUUUGCAGUUGGUAACGAAAAUGGGCUAGAUUGUUGGAAUACUAUGAAGCAAUGGCAUAAUAUGAGGAGAAGAACCAUCCCAUUUGAUUAUUCUAUCACAAAAGAGCUGUAUAGAAUUCUAGAGAGGACUAAAAACUUAAAGGAUUGCAUUGCUGUGUAUACAAAUUGCUUCACAGAGUUUUAUGAACAAAGAAACAAGAUUGAAAAUAGCGAAUGGUCCAUUAUUUGUAAAUAUCAAAAAUUUAUUAUUCGUCGUUUGAUUAAUAAGAAGAAAUAUAGUAAAACAGAAGAAUUUAUUACACAAUGGUCAUUAGAUAGUGGUAAUGAGGCUAUGUUACGUAAAUUUUCCAGUUAUUUGAUUGUAUUGAAAAAUAACAAGAAGACAAAUGAGAAUUACGAUGAGAUGGUUGACGAUGACACGAUACUUGGUCCAUUAUGGUGA